AUGCUGAUCAAUGGACACAGAUUAUCGCGGUACUGCCGAACGCUGCUCAACUCGGUGCACGUUUCACGUGGUGCUGUUGAAUCGCGACGAUUAUUAGUACCUGGUAGCACUACAGUUGGCUCGUGGCGGCACAAAAAAGAUGAUAGCCGACUGUUUACUCCCAUUCCUAUACGGCCCAGCCCAGACGAUAUUAACGUCGGUGCCGAGCUGACCGGGAUGCUCGAUAAGGCGGAAAUGCUGAAAGUGAUACUGAAAUUCAGUAACCGAAAGGAAAUCAAAUUUCUGUGCCUUGAAAAUGGCAUUGACUCGAAUCUUCAGCAGCAAGCGUUCGUGAGCUUUCGAAAAUAUUGCCUCGAAACAGAUGCGCUUCCACCCGAUCUACACGUCGUGCUGAGUGAUAUUCUGCAGGGCGCUGGGCAUGUGGACGACAUAUUCCCGUACUUUCUGCGACACGUGAAACAAAUCUUUCCCCACCUGGAGUGCAUGGAUGAUCUGAAGAAAAUAUCAGAUCUACGACAGCCCGCCAACUGGUACCCGAACGCACGCGGCAUGAAUCGUAAGGUGAUCUUUCACUCGGGACCUACCAACUCCGGCAAGACGUACCACGCGAUGGAACGGUUUCUCACAGCCAAAUCGGGCGUCUAUUGCGGGCCACUAAAGCUGCUGGCCAGCGAGGUAUACAAUAAGAGCAACCAGCGAGGGACGCCGUGCGAUCUGGUAACGGGCGAGGAGCGCAAGUUUGCCAAUGCGGAGGGCAAACCGUCGGCACAUGUCGCCUGCACGGUGGAGAUGACUUCCAUCAACACACCAUACGAGGUGGCCGUAAUAGAUGAAAUUCAGCUGCUCAAGGAUGUCGGGCGAGGUUGGGCGUGGACGCGUGCAUUGCUCGGGCUGAUGGCGGAGGAAAUACACGUGUGCGGUGAACCCGGUACGGCUGACCUGCUGCAGAAGAUAUGCGAAACGACACACGAAACGCUGGAAAUACGCAAUUACAAACGCCUCACACCGUUACACCUCGAGGAGAACGCGCUGCAAUCGCUCGACAACGUGCUACCGGGUGAUUGCAUCGUGUGCUUUAGCAAAAACGACAUCUACGCGGUGUCGCGUGAAAUCGAAGCUCGCGGCAGAGAGGUAGCCGUCAUCUACGGUGGUCUGCCACCCGGCACCAAGCUCGCCCAGGCAGCCAAGUUCAACGAUCCGAACAACAGCUGCAAGGUGCUGGUAGCGACGGAUGCGAUCGGCAUGGGGCUGAACCUGAGCAUCCGGCGCGUCAUCUUCUACUCGAUGAUCAAGCCAACGAUGAACCAGAAGGGCGAGAAAGAGAUGGACACGAUCUCGGUGUCGGCAGCGUUACAGAUCGCUGGUCGGGCCGGCCGGUACGGCAUGAAGUGGGAGGAGGGCUACGUGACGACGUUCAAGGCGGAAGAUCUUCCGACACUGCGGGGUAUUCUGGAGCAAACACCUGACCCGCUAGCCCAAGCCGGUUUACAUCCGACCGCUGACAUGAUCGAGCUGUACGCGUACCAUCUACCAAAUGCGACGCUUAGUAAUCUGAUGGAGAUUUUCGUGUCGCUCAGCACGGUGGAUGAUUCGCUGUACUUCAUGUGUAACACGGAGGACUUCAAGUUCCUGGCGGAAACGAUCCAGCACGUGCCACUGCCGCUGCGAGCGCGAUACAUCUUUUGCUGUGCGCCUAUCAACCGUAACAUGCCGUUCGUGUGUUCAAUGUUCCUGAAGUACGCCCGGCGGUACAGCCGCAACGAACCGGUCACGUUCGAUUGGCUGUGCAACCAGUGCGGGUGGCCGUUCCAGUUGCCACGCACCAUCAUCGAUCUGGUGCAUCUGGAGGCGGUGUUUGACGUGCUCGAUCUGUACCUGUGGCUGAGCUACCGCUUUCCGGAUCUGUUUCCCGACGAGAAGCUGGUGCGCGACAUUCAGCGCGAGCUGGACGACAUCAUCCAGCAGGGCGUGUUCCAGAUUACGAAACUGCUGAAGAACUCCGAGACGGCCGUCUCGACGAACACACCGGACGAGGACUCGUUCGUGAUGCGGCAAAAGAAGAGCAAGUACUAUCGGGAGGCGGGCCCGGGCAGUGGCGUGGGAGGCACGCGGGGCCGGCUAACCGAGCGGUUGUUGGCGCAAGGGCUGCUGACGCCCGCGAUGCUGCAGGAGCUGAAGCACGAGUGGGACCAGCAGGCGAAGCGAUCGGGCUCGAACGAUGACGAGGACGAUCCGUUGGGUGGUGGCAAGAAGGGACCCGGUCGGCGGAAAGGGCUCCGGAAGGGGAAGUGA